AUGGCCAGCUGCAAUUUUCAGGCUCAGUUUGUAUCCAUUAUGGAGGUAUUAGCUAAAGCAGCUGUAGCAGAAAUAAACAAACGUGUUGAUGAUAGCUGUGCAGUUAUACGUUUGGAAAUGACCCAAAGCCAGCGAGAUAUUGAUGUACUGAAAAGGAAGUGUCAAAUGAUGGAGGGCGAGCUGAAGAAGACACGAGUCAGGAGAAAAGGUAAUGUGUUAUUCAUGAUAAAUUGAUUGCAUAUGCAAAACCCAAAUGCGUGAAUAGCCCUAAUAUUGGACUGAAUGCAAUUAUUUUCAAGUUUUUUACCCCAUGGCAUCAGAGAGAUCUUCAUAUCCAGUCAAGAUUGUUUUGAACAAGCAGAGGAGUAGCUCACAGUGGAGAUACGAAGAGAUUGCUGUUGAAGAGGACUCUCAACCCCAGGUGUGAUACAUCACCUUUUACAAUUAGACGUGACCUCUCGGAUCAAAUAUGUUCAAAUCAAAUUUGAUUAGUCAUGCUUCGUAAAUAGGUGUGGACUAAUAGUGAAAUUAAGUAAAAUAGAGAAAUAAUAGAAAAAUGAAACACAUAAUAAUAGAUACACAAUGAGUAACGAUAUCUAUACAAGGGGUAUCAGUACCGUGUCGAUUUGCAGGGGUAUGAGGUAAUUGAGGUAGAUAUGCAUAUAUCUAGGAAUAAAGUGACAGUAGCAGCAGCGUAUGUGAUGAGUCAAAGUUAGUUAAAUUAAUGCAGAUAGUCCAGGUAGCUAUUUGGUUAACUAUUUAACAGUUUUAUGUCUUGGGUUUAGAAGCUGUUCAGUGUCAUUUUGGUUCCAGACUGGGUGCAUCGAUACUACUUGCUGUGUGGUAGCAGAGAGACGGGUGGCUGGAGUCUUUGACAAUUUUAAGGGCCUUCCUCUGAUACUGGCUGGUAUAGAGGUCCUGGAUGGCAGGGAGCUCGGCCCCAGUGAUUUACUGGACAAUACGCACUACCCUCUGUAGCGCGUUGCGGUCGGAUGCCAAGCAGUUGCUAUACCAAGUGGUGAUGCAGUCAGUCAAGAGCUCUCAAUGGUGCAGCUAUAUAACUUUUUGAGGAUUUGAGGGGGAAGACGCGUUGUCGUGCCCUCUUCACGACUGUGUUGGUGUGUUUUGACCAUGAUAUAUCCUUUGAUGUGGGCACCGAGGAACUUGAAGCUCUCGACCCGCUCUACUACAGCCCUGUCGAUGUGAAUGGGGGAGUGCUCAGCCCUCCGUUUCCUGUAGUCCACAAUCAGCUCCUUUGUCUUGCUGACGUUUAGGGAUAGGUUGUUGUCCUGGCACCACACUGCCAGGUGUCAGACCUCCUCCCUAUAGGCUGUCUCGUUGUCGUGAUCAGGCCUACCACCAUCGUGUUGUCGGGCAAACUUAAUGCUGGUGUUGGAGCUGUGUGCUGCCACGCAGUCAUGGGUGAACAGAGAGUACAGGAGGGGACUAAGCACGCACCCCUGAGGGGCCCCAUUGUUGAGGGUCAGCGUGGCGGAUGUGUUGUUUUCUACCCUCACCACAAGGGGGCGUCCAUCAGGAAGUCCAGGAUCCAGUUGCAAAAGGAAAGGGGGAUACGAGGUGUUCAGUCCCAGGGUCCUUAGCUUACUGAUGAGCUUGGAAGGCACUAUGAUGUUGAACGCUGAGCUGUAGUUAAUUGAACAGCAUUCUCACGUAGGUGUUCCUUUUGUCCAAGUGGGAAAAGGCAGUGUGGAGUACAAUAGAGAUUGCAUCAUCUAGGGAUCUGUUGGGGCGGUAUGCGAAUCGGAGUGGGUCCAGGGUGUCUGUGAUGAUGAUGAUGCCAUGACCAGCCUUUCAAAGCAUUUAAUGGCUACAGAUGUGAGUGCUACAGGGCGAUAGUCAUUUAGACAGGUUACUUUGGCGUUCUUGGGCACAGGGCCUAUGGUUAUUGGAAUAUCAGGAGAAUUUACCGCUUUUGUGUGACUUAUUAGUAUGAAAAGGGUUAUAUAUGGUGUGUGUCCAGAGUAAUAACCUCAGUCCCCUGUUACAGCCUACAGAUGUGGAGCAGAGAACAGAGACUGAACCCAUACUGAUCAAAGAUGAGGAGACAGCAGAGGAUGUGUGGAAGACUGACCCUCAGGAAGAGCUCAGGAUCACUGGAGAGGGUGGGUGCUGACAUAAGGGGUCCUGCUCUGUCUGUCUAUGGAAGACUGUGUUGGUGUGGUUGUAUGCACGUUCCAAAUUGCUACAUUGGUGUUGAGUGUUUUAUGUUUUGGCAUAUGGAGCAUGUACACACACAGUCAGUUCUAAAGCAGUUAUGUUUUGCAACUGCUAACCCCUUGCACUUGUAGAAAUUGGCCUAAAUGGAUAGGGCCACAUUUAAAUGUUUCUAACAGAAGAACUAUAAAAAAGCAUAUGGAUGACCAUGGUAGCAAUUGAAAGCGAACACUUUGGAGAUUAUGGGGAAAUGAUCAGACCAAAGUUGAGGACACAACAGUUCACCUGACUCAAGACUGAAUCCGAAGAUUACACUUUACAUUUACUGUACUUUUCACAGCAUUUGUCAAUAACGAAAUCUGAAAAUACUCUGGAUACAUUCAGUAACAUAAUUAAUAUGAAUAUUCAUUGACAUUUUGGAGUAGGUACAAGAUAAGACUAAAUAAUUAAAAUGCUUUGAGUGAGAGGUCUAAGUGGCCACACACCAAACUGUGCAUAGUUCCUAAGUCAUUUCAAUGCACUUUAAUGACUCAAGGAAAGAGCCUUCAACUAUAAGGUGCUUUUUUGAGCGCUCCUGGCUUUGCCAUUGAGGAACUGAAGCAAGUACACUUGUAGUUUUUUGUUUGGAACACAGCCCUGCGUCCCCACCAUCACACAAUUACUGUUUAUGCAAUCAAAAAACAUUCCAUUAUAAAUCACAGUCUGGGUCAGGUGGACAUAAUUUGAAAGCUUAUUCUAUUGCCAACAUGGCUAGCUAAGUUAUCAAAUACGAUCUUAGUGUUAGGCUUUCAAAAGCACUUCAGACAAACAGAUUGUAAUUUUGGUGUGCAUAGAAUGGAGUCAUGAGUGCAUUCAAGUGCAUGUUCUGCGGCUAAUGUUCUUCAUAAUACGACAAACAUAGGCUCAUUCUGUUCAAGACAACCCAGGGUAUAACGCAUGCCAUCCUUGUAACUGUGGAUCAAACAUAGCGAUCAUAAACGUUGAUCAUGUAAAUAACAUGAGUUUUCAAAUAUGGAAAUGUGAAGUGCACAUUUGGACUCACGGGUGUGUGGUUUGCUUGUAUGACAUCAAAUCAGUAUUUAUUAUAAUCCUCAUUUUUCAGAACACCUCAACAUUUCCCUCACUCAGAUAAUGCAUGUCAUAACAAGAUGCCCAGGGCUUGGACAAUCUCUUAUACAAUUGGUUAAAGUUAUGAAUAGUAACCCCAGGUGUAAAAUAGUUGUUGAGGGGAAUAAAACAAGGUUGACCACUAUCGGCAUAUCUAUUUAUUAUGGCCAUUUAAAUGUUUGCUAUUAAAAUCAGAUCCAACAAUAAUAUCAAGGGGCUAGAAGUCCAGGACAUAAAAACAAAGGUUUCAUUGUACACUGAUGAUUCGUUUUUUUUCUUUUAAAUCUGCAAUUUGUAUCCCUGCACAGCCUCAUAGAGGAUCUAGAUAAUUUUUCAACCUCUGGAUUACAACCAAAUUAUGAUAAGUGCACCAUAUUACGUAUUGUUUCGCUAAAAAAUACUGCUUUUACAUUACCGAGAAGUUUAGCAAUAAAAUGGUCUGACGGUGAAGUGGACAUACUUGGUAUUCAUAUCCCGAAAGAAAAAUGGUCUCACUACAAUAAAUGUUAAUAGAAAGUUAUCAAAAAUAGAUAAGGUCUUGCUAUAAUGGAAAGAACAAUACCUGUCUAUUUGUGGAAAAAUCACCCUGAUUAACUCUUCAGUCAUAUCCCAGUUUACCUAUUUACUUAUGGCUCUGCCUACACCUAAUGACUUGUUUUUUUUAAUUAUAUGAACAAAACAUAUUCUACUUUAUUUCUAAUGGAAAUCCAGAUCAAAUUAAACAGGCCUAUUUAUAUAAUAAAUAUGAACUCGGAGGGCAGAAAUGAUUAAAUAUUAAAGCAAUAUUAAAGCACUAAAGGCUUCAGUAAUACAAAAGCUAUACUUAAAUCCGAACGGGUUCUCUAGCAGAUUAGUAAGAAUGGCUCACCCCUUGUUCAAGAAUGGCCCUUUUCCCUUUAUUCAGAUUACAACCGCUCACUUUCGGUUAUUUAAAAAUGAAAUCUCCAAAAUAUCGCUAUUUUAAAAACAAGCCAUAGAAAGCUGGUUGCAAUUUCAGUUUAAUCCACCAGUUCAAAAGGCACUCGCACAUCUGAGAUAUAUUUUUUGCAGGUGCAUGGUAACAGUUGAAUAAGAUAAGAAGAAACCCGCACACUGCUCUUGAUAGUAUCACUGCUCUUGAUAGUAUCACUGCUCUUUAAUAAGCUUUACGUAUCGGCCUCAAGGCCUUCGUCAGAGCUUUUGUGAGUUUUUUUUUAAAUUAGCACCGUUAUCAAAAGCUCUGACGAAGACCUUGAGGCCGAUACGUAAAGCUUAUUGAAGAGCAGUGAUACUAUCAAGAGCAGUGUGCGGGUUUAUUCUUAUUUUUCUCAGUUUAAUCCACCAGAAAAGACAGAACAAAUAUUACAACAAAUAUUAUGGUUAAACACAAAUAAAAAAUGGAUUAAAAAAAACAUUUAAAUUUUUUACGGUAUAAUCUUUGUAAAUGAUAUCAUAAAUAGGACUGGUGCAGUUAUGUCACACAUGCAGUUAACAAAAAUGGAAAUGUCUGCUCUAUCCAAAUUUACCACCAACUGAUUGCAGCAUUACCGCAAAAAUGGAGGAGGCAAGUGGAAGGGGGAGAAGGUAAGGAACUUGUCUGUUGGCCCUGCAUUGAAGACAAAUUGGUUAAAUAAAAUUAGUAUGCCAGUUUCAUGUAAGGACCAAAAAAUUGACUGCUGAGCCAUACAGGUUGCAAAAUAGUUGGGUAGAGAUAUUCGUUGUACCGAUUCUAUGGCAUAUGGUUUAUGAACUGAUACACAAAAUGACGUGUGACUCAAAACGUUGAGUUUUUCUAUUUAAAUUAUUAUACAAAAAUUAUUGCAACCAAUAGAAUGUUUUUAUUUAUAUAUACAGUACCAGUCAAAAGUUUGAACACACAUACUCAUUCAAGGGUUUUUCUUUAUUUUUACUAUUUUCUACAUUGUAGAAUAAUAGUGAAGACAUCAAAUGAUGAAAUAACACGUAUGGAAUCAUCUAGUAACCAAAAAAUUGUUAAACAAAUCAAAAUAUAUUUUAUAUUUGAGAUUCUUCAAAUAGCCACCCUUUUGCCUUUAUGACAGCUUUGCACACACUUGGCAUUCUCUCAUCCAGCUUCACCUGGAAUGCUUUUCCAACAGUCUUGAAGGAGUUCCCACAUAUGCUGAGCACUUGUUGGCUGCUUUUCCUUCACUCUGCCGGCCGACUCAUCCCAAACCAUCUCAAUUGGGUUGAGGUUGUGGGAUUGUGGAGGCCAGGUCAUCUGAUGCAGCACUCCAUCACUCUCCUUCUUGGUCAAAUAGCCCUUACACAGCCUGGAGGUGUGUUGGGUCAUUGUCCUGUUGAAAACAAAUGAUAGUCCCAAACCAGAUGGGAUGGCGUAUCGCUGCAGAAUGCUGUGGUAGCCAUGCUGGUUAAGUGUGCCUUGAAUUCUAAAUAAAUCACAGACAAUGUCACCAGCAAAGCACCCCCACACCAUAACACCGCCUCCUCCAUGCUUUACGGUGGGAACUACACAUGCAGAGAUCAUCCGUUCACCCACACCGCGUCUCACAAAGACACGGCGGUUUGAACCAAAAAUCUCCAAUUUGGACUUCAGACCAAAGGACACAUUUCCACCGGUCUGAUGUCCAUUGCUCCUGUUUCUUGGCCCAAGCAGGUCUCUUCUUCUUAUUGGUGUCCUUUAGUGGUGGUUUCUUUGCAGCAAUUCGACCAUGAAGGCCUGAUUCACACAGUCCCCUCUGAACAGUUGACGUUGAGAUGUGUCUGUUACUUGAACGCUGUGAAGCAUUUAUUUGGGCUGCAAUUUCUGGUUACUCUGAUGAACUUAUCCUCUGCAGCAGAGGUAACUCUGGGUCUUUCAUUCCUGUGGCGGUCCUCAUGAGAGCCAGUUUCAUCAUAGUGCUUUUUGUGACUGCACUUUCAAAGUUCUUGACAUUUUCCAUAUUGACUGACCUUAAUAUCUUAAAGUAAUGAUGGACUGUCGUUUCUCUUUGUUUAUUUGAGCUGUUCUUUCCGUAAUAUGGACUUCGCCUUUUACCAAAUAGGGCUAUCUUCUGUAGCCCCCCCUACCUUGUCACAACACAACUGAUUGGCUGAAACGCAUUAAGAAGGAAAGACAUUUCACAACUUAACUUUUUAAGAAGGCACACCUGUUAAUUGAAAUGCAUUCCAGGUGACUACCUCAUGAAGCUGGUUGAGAGAAUGCCAAGAGUGUGCAAAGCGGUCAUCAAGGCAAAGGGUGGCUAUUUGAAGAAUCUCAAAUAUAACAUAUAUUUGGAUUUGUUUUAACACUUUUGGUUACAACAUAAUUCCAUGUGUUAUUUCAUAGUUUUGAUGUCUUCACUAUUAUUCUACAAUGUAAAAAUAAAGAAAAACCCUUGAAUGAGUAGGUGUCCAAACUUUUGACUGGUAGUGUGUGUAUAUAUAUAUAUACAUACACACAGUGCCUUCGGAAAGUAUUCAGACCCCUUGACUUUUUCCACAUUUUGUUACAUUACUGCCUUAUUUUAAAAUGGAUUAAAUAUAACAAAUUCCUUAGCAAUCUGCACGCAAUACCCCAUAAUGACAAAGCGAAAACAGGUUGAGAUUUUUUUUGCAAAUGUAUAAAAAAUAAAAACAGAAACCUUAUUUACAUAAAUAUUCAGACCCUUUGCUGUGAGACUCAAUUGAGGUCAGGUGCAUCCUGUUUCCAUUGAUCAUCCUUGAGAUGUUUUACAACUUGAUUGCAGUCCACCUGUAGUAAAUUCAAUUGAUUGGACAUGAUUUGGAAAGGCGCACACACCUGUCUAUAUAAGGUCCCACAGUUGACAGUGCAUGUCAGAGCAAAAACCAAGCCAUGAAGUCGAAGGAAUUAUCAGUAGAGCUCCGAGACAGGAUUGUGUCGAGGCACAGAUCUGGGAAAGGGUACCAAAACAUUUCUGCAGCAUUGAAGGUCCCCAAGAACACAGUGGCCUAAUCAGUCUUAACUGGAAGACGUUUGGAACCACCAAGACUCUUCCUAGAGCUGGUCGCCCGGUCAAACUGAGCAAUCGGUGGAGAAGGGCCUUGGUCAGGGAGGUGACCAAGAACCCGAUGGUCACUCUGACAGAGCUUUAGAGUUCCUCUGUGGAGAUGGGAGAACCAUUUCUGCAGCACUCCACCAAUCAGGCCUUUAUGGUAGAGUGGCCAGACGGAAGCCACUCCUCAGUAAAAGGCACAUGACAGCCCGCUUGGAGUUUGCCAAAAGGCACCUUAAGAUUCUCAGACCAUGAGAAACAAGAUUCUCUGGUCUGAUGAAACCAAGAUUGAACUCUUUGGCCUGAAUGCCAAGCGUCACUUCUGGAGGAAACCUGGUACCAACCCUACGGUGAAGCAUGGUCAUGGCAGCAUCAUGCUGUGGAGAUGUUUUUCAGCGGCAGGGACUAGGAGACGAGUCAGGAUAGAGGAAAGAUGAACGGAGCAAAGUACAGAGAGAUCCUUGAUGAAAACCUGCUCCAGAGCACUCAGGACCUCAGACUGGGGCGACGGUUCACCUUCCAACAGGACAAUGACCCUAAGCACACAGCCAAGACAACACAGGAGUGGCUUCGGGACAAGUCUCUGAAUGUCCUUGAGUGGCCCAGCCAGAGCCCGGACUUGAACCCGAUCAAACAUCUCUUGAGAGACCUGAAAGUAGCUGUGCAGCAAUGCUUCCCAUCCAACCUGACAGAGCUUGAGAGGAUCUGCAGAGAAGAAUGGGAGAAACUCCCCAAAUACAGGUGUGCCAAGCUUGUAGGGUCAUACCCAAGAAGGUUUGAGGCUGUAAUCGCUGCUAAAGGUGCUUCAACAAAGUACUGAGUAAAGGGUCUGAAUACUUAUGCAAAUGUGAUAUUUCAGUUUUUUUGCUUUGUCAUUAUGGGGUAUUGUGUGUAGAUUGAGGGGGAGAAAAAAACACUAUUUAAUCCAUUUUAGAAUAAGGCUGUAACGUAACAAUGUGGAAAAAUUCAAGGGGUCUGAAUACUUUCCGAAUGUUGUGUAUGUAUGUACACUACCAGUCAAAAGUUUGGACACACCUACUCAUUCAAGGCUUUUUCUUUAUUUGUACUAUUUACUACAUUGUAGAAUAAUAGUGAAGACAUCGAAACUAUGAAAUAACACAUGUCAUGUAGUAACCAAAAAAGUGUUAAACAAAUCAAAACAUAUUUUAUAUUUGAGAUUCUUCAAAUAGCCACAAUUUGCCUUGACAGCUUUGCACACUCUUGGCAUUCUCUCAACCAGCUUCAUGAGGUAGUCACCUAGAAUGCAUUUCAAUUAACAGGUGUGCCUUGUUAAAAGUUCAUUUGUGGAAUUUCUUUCCUUCUUAAUGCGUUAGGGCCAAUCUGUUGUGUUGUGACAAGGUAGGCGGGGGUACACAGAAAAUAGCCCUAUUUGGUAAAAAAACAAGUCCAUAUUAUGACAAGAACAGCUCAAAUAAGCAAAGGGAAACGACAGUCCAACAUUACUUUAAGACAUGAAGGUCAGUCAAUACGGAACAUUUCAAGAACUUUGAAAGUUUCUUCAAGUGCAGUCGCAAAAACCAUCAAGCGCUAUGAUGAAACUGGCUCUCAUGAGGACCGCCACAGGAAUGUAAGACCCAGAGUUACAGAGGAUAAGUUCAUUAGAGUUACCAGCCUCAGAAAUUGCAGCCCAAAUAAAUGCUUCACGGAGUUCAAGUCACAGACACAUCUCAACAUCAACUGUUUAGAGGGGACUGUGUGAAUCAGGCCUUCGUGGUCGAAUUGUUGCAAAGAAACCACCAAAUUUGAGAUUUUUGGUUCCAACCGCCGUGUCUUUGUAAGACGUAGAGUAGGUCAACGGAUGAUCUCCACAUGUGUUGUUCCCCUGUGAAGCAUGGAGGAGGAGGUGUGAUGGUGUGGGGGUGCUUUGCUGGUGACACGGUCUGUGAUUUAUUUAUAAUUCAAGGCACACUAACCAGCAUGGCUACCAUAGCAUUCUGCAGCGAUACGCCAUCCCAUCUGGUUUGGGCUUAGUGGGACUAUCAUUUGUUUUUCAACAGGACUAUGACCCAACACACCUCCAGGCUGUGUAAAGGGCUAUUUGACCAAGAAGGAAAGUGAUGGAGUGCUGCAUCAGAUGACCUGCCCUCCACAAUCCCCCGACCUCAACCCAAUUGAGAUGGUUUGUGAUGAGUCGGCCGCAGAGUGAUGGAAAAGCAUCCAACAAGUGCUCAGCAUAUGUGGGAACUCCUUCAAGACUGUUGGAAAAUAAUUACAGGUGAAGCUGGUUGAGAGAAUGCCAAGAUUGUGCAAAGCUGUCAUCAAGGCCAAGGGUGGCUAUUUGAAGAAUAUAAAAUAUAUUUUGAUUUGUUUAAUACUUUUUUGGUUACUACAUGAUUCCAUAUGUGUUAUUUCAUAGUUUCGAUGUCUUCAAUAUUAUUCUGCAAUGUAGAAAAUAGUAAAAAUAAAGAGAACCCCUUGAAUGAGUAGGUGUCCAAACUUUUGACUGGUGCUGUCUGUGUGUUUGUUACAACCAUCCCAGCUCUGCAGAUUUUGCUGCAAAGUGACAAUCAUUACAUCACUUCUUUUGGUAUUGCCCAUAUGUAGCUUCUUUUUGGUUGCAGGUUGAGGAAUGGCUGAAGUAUUGCAACAUUUUACCUGGAGCUAACUCUGCAAAUAGCACUGCUAGGUGAUUUGAAAAAUCAUAGUCAAUUGAUCAAUAAUAUUCAUAGCAAAAAAAUGUUGUACAUUUAUCUGUAGAAACUAUGAGAACAGAAAGGUUCAGAACUUUUGUGAAACAAUACAGUUGAAAAAUGCUGGAUGAUCUUCAGAGAUAGAUGGGAGGGGUUGAGGGUAGCUGAAGGGUGGGACUAAAAAUAAUGUCAGUCGCAUCUCGCGCCCUACACUUAAUAAUAAUAAUAAUAUGCCAUUUAGCAGACGCUUUUAUCCAAAGCGACUUACAGUCAUGUGUGCAUACAUUUUACGUAUUGUCUGUCCAUCGCGCAUGUAAACAAUAACUUGCCCGCUCCAUAGCAAGCGGCUCUAUCCGCUCUGAUUGGUGAACUAAUUUAAUGUUGAGUUAAUGUAAAAACAUUAAUAGGUUUCAGAGGUUUUAAAAAGGAGCAGAAAUAAACAAUAUAAACUGUACUUUUUGGGGGUUUGAACCGGUUCAGAACUUUAUUUUGCAGGUUGGAAUAGUGGAACAGAACGAAAAAAAUUAUGGUUCCUUUUCAGAAAGAAAAGAUUGGAAAAUAAUUUCGGUUCCAACCCCUGGUCAAAACCCAUACAGCGCUGUGAAGUGGAGAAUCUGAACUCUGACGUCAUGUAUAGCAUGUUACUGUACAGCCACUGCAUUCCAAUUUAGUCGCUUAUCAAUGACAAAAUCUGCAAUUUUCAACCUGUAUAGGGGCUGAGUGGCAAGGGCUACGGGUCUUCUGUAAUGUUUAUUUUAUGUUUAUCCCAAAUCUUUAGAGUCUGGUUCCAAGCCUGGGCAACCACCAUCCUUUGAGCAACGGCACUGUGAUGAGGACUUCAUCACACAACUCAACAUAUCUCCUGAAGUCUCAGUGGAACAUUACCCCAAUUCUGAUGGUCCAGAGGAACCAGGCAGACCCCGGCUCACGUCUACAGAGGUGUUCAGCACAGAGCAGCACCGGCCAGCCGAGGACGAGGACUCACUAGAACUAGUGAUGGUGAAGGAUGAGAAAAAGGAUGACAUGGAUCAGACCACAGGACCUGACCAGUUUGUCAUGGAUGAGACUAAUGGGCAGCUGUGGACCUCUGUGGAUCCAGGCAGAGACACUGAUGGCCACCCAGAUUUCUCCUUUCAUGCCACAGAAGAAUACUCUCAGAAUAUCUCAAUUUUCCCAUCUCAUAGUGGGCUGCCAUCUGUUCCUACUAUGACAGAUGAUGUAGGGCCAUCGCUUCACUCUUCUAUAGGGAAACCACAUGCUAACAUGUUCAGUGCAGCAGCACACAUGAAAAGACAUGUCAGGACAUUGGCUGAUGAGACUAGACAACAGAUGCCAGAGGGACAGAGCAGCGAGAGACUGAACUCAAAUAAUGACGUAAAUAAUUUAGCUCUACAGCCAAGGCAGCAUCAGUACAGGGCUUCGGAAGCAACAGUGAGAUUGAGUGAGGGCAUGACAGCGUCAAACAUGGCCACCACCUCCACCUUCUCUGGAUACAGCCUGAGUCGCAGUAGUUUUAACAUGGUGAAGAGAAUGAGGACUCAGUGGAGGUCGGGUGGCACCACCGAGAGGCGUUUCAGCUGCACCUUCUGUGGGAAGAGCUUCCAGCGUUUCAGCCAGCUCAAAGUGCACCUCCGGAGUCACACCGGAGAAAAACCUUACACCUGCGAACAGUGUGGCAGGAGUUUCACCAAGCAGUGCAACCUGAUCAGACAUGCUGUGGUCCACAGCGGGGAGAAGCCAUACGAGUGCACACAGUGUGGGAAAUGCUUCACCCAGCGCUCCAGUAUGAAGUCACAUCAGAGAACUCACAUAGGAGAGAAUCCAGUGUCUCAACAUGUGGUACCCACAUACCCUGGGGAUCCACACACAAGUUUAAUGUAGUCUCAGACUAAAUGGAACAAAUAGAACAUAAUUGCAUAGUUUUUCGGUAAAACGUUCUAUGCGAAUGUGGUCCAGAAGUUAUUUUGAGACAUUUUAACAAGCCUUUCCUCCUAAUUUAUUCGUGAACUGGUUUUCAUGUUUGACUGUUGACGGCUCCUCACAUUAAUUUUAACAAACAAUUUAUUUACAACUGGUAACAUCAAAAUCAUACAAACCAUUAAAAAUGUAAUAUCAUAAACAUGUUAUAUUGAAUGGAAUGCAUUUAAAGAUAGAGUCAAUCUGCACUUUUAGAUAAAGAACAUACUGUAUAUAGGAGCCAUUUAGUAUGUGUUGUCUAGUUAGUGUUUGUCUAUCUGGGAUGUAAUAUCUUGCCACACGGGACAAUCUCAUAUCAAGUCAGGUUAAUACCUUAACUUGAUUUCCUGAGUUAUAUUUUGAAGUUACUCUGCUGCCUUAAAAUGUUACGUUAUGUCAACUAAGCUAGGCAAUCAAAUAUGUGUUUCAGUGUAAUAGCAUACGUCUUACAUGUAUGUUCAUAGAACUUUACAUUUGACAUUUGGGAAACCACACUUUUCCUGACACCAUAGGUAAUGUAUAAAACUGGUCAUCUGAAUCAAAUAUCAUUAGAUACUGUAGAUGGAUAAGAAAUAGAUUGAUAUGAUUAGUAGUUUGAAUAAUGCACUGGUUAAUUGAUUUGCCAAGUAACAGAGGCGGAGAUAAUGGGGGAGAUAUACAGAAUUAUACAAAGGGUGGGUCUAAUCCUGGAUGCUGAUUUGUUAAAACUGCAUUCUAGCCAGUGUCUAUUUAAGUGAUAAUGCCGCAGAAGACGUGUUGCAAACCGUGCCAAUAUAUCCUCCAAACACCGGCUUCUCUGGCAUUACCACUUUUAUACAACGGGAAAGCAACAUAUUCUUAUCCUUGCUUGCUAACUACGGCUAAUUUACACUCACGUCAAACAGUGCAUCCAGAAUAACAGCAAAGUAGCUACAUUUGCAUUUGUUUAAGCUGUUUUCUAGUGACAUUUAUUUGGAUACAUCCUUAACAACGAGCUAAUGAUGCACGAUUUCGCUUGACAUAGAAAAUGUGCUCACUCGUCAGGAUACUGUUGUUCAGAGGAGCUAGCCAAUAACACAGCUAACACAAUCACUUCAAACUGAAGCUGGAAAGACUUCAAACUAGUUGCACUUCGUUUAGUUUUACCUGUUUUCUAUUGAUAUAUAAAAGAACUAUAUCCAUAAAAAUGAUGCUGAUUCAUGAUUUCGACUGGCUGAAAAAAGCUGCCUACCUGUCGGUCUCAUCCUGACUCCCGACACGUUCAUUACUAUGGGACAGCUGGAGAUCGAAUUUGAAAUUUGCAAAUGUUGGAGAGACAGACAGCAAGGUUUAUACAAAUCUCUGCUGUUGAAAACGAAAUGUCUGUUGUGCGAUAAUGUCUAGAUGCUUUUUAUAGUGACGACCAAGUUCAUAAAUUGCCUGGCUGGACUGAUGAGACAGUGGGUUGCGCAGUCAGAUGGAACAGAGUAAAUAGGCAUUUUAAAGUCUUCAAUUUAGCGGGUGUUAAUUUGUGGAAUAGACACGAGCUGGAAUGCGGUUUUAACCAAUCAGCAUUCAGGAUUAGACCCCAAAAAUUGAUCUCUCAUUGGCCCAUUGAGGAUUAACGUUUCAGGAUGAGAUAUGGCGCUUUCAAGACAACUGGGAACUCUGUGGGGGAAAACUAGGUCAAAUCAUGACUUCAGUGAUCUUCAGGUCAGAAAGUCAGAGCUCUACAAAGAUGCCUAAAUUUCCGACAUGGAAUUCCGAGUUGGAUGACCGUUCAACAAAAAAUAAUCCCAGUCGAAGAUUGUUUUUUCCCGAGUUCCCAGUUGUUCUGAAUGCGGAAAUACAUUUCUCAGACAGUCUAAAUCAAGAAUCGGCAUCAUUUUUAUGGAUAUAUACAAAGAAAUGUAAAUAGAAAAACAGGUCAAACGAAACAAAAUGCAUCUAGUUUCCUGUCUUUCCAGCUUCACUUUAAGUGAUUGUGUUAGCUGUGUAGUUGGCUAGCUCCUCUGAGCAGUGUCCCAACGAGAGAGCACAUUUUCUAUGCCAGGCGAAAUCGCGCAUCAUUAGCGCAUUGGCUGUAUCCAUAGACAUUAAAACCGGAUGUAUCAUGUAUCCAUAUACACUACCAGUCAAAAGUUUGGACACACCUACUCAUUCAAGGGUUUGUCUUUAUUUUUACUAUUUUUUACUUUGUAGAAUAAUAGUGAAGACAUCAAAACUAUGAAAUAACACACGGACUCAUGUUGAUCUGUGGCAUUGUGUUGUGUGACAUAACUGCACAUUUUAGAGUGGCUUUUUAUUGUCCCAAGCACAAGGUGCACCUGUGUAAUGAUCAUGCUGUUUAAUCAGCUUCUUGAUAUGCCACACCUGUCAGAUGGAUGGAUUAUCUUGGCAAAGGAGAAAUGCUCACUAACAGGGAUAUAAACAAAUUUGUGCACAAAUUGAGAGAAAUAAGCUUUCAGUGUGUGCAACAUUUCUGGGAUAUUUUAUUUCAGCUCAUGAAACAUCGGACCAACACUUUACAUGUUGCAUUUAUAUUUUUGUUCAGUAUAGUAUAAGACCGCUUUCUAGAGUCUCUUUGAAUGCAUUCCCAAUGUCUCCAUGGUGUGUGUUUCUGUCUGUGUGUUUAUAAAAAAGGCCCCUGUGUAGGCUGCCUUUACAUUCGUUUAAUAUAAUAUAAUAUGCCAUUUAGCAGACGCUUUUAUCCAAGGUGACUUACAGUCAUGUGUGCAUACAUUUUUUACGUAUGGGUGGUCCCGGGGAUCGAACCCACUACCCUGGCGUUACAAGCGCCAUGCUCUACCAAUUGAGCUACAGAGGACCACAGUAGACUGUAAUUUAACUGGAAUGUGUUAGUGAUGCCCCAUCAAUUUAUGUAUAGAGGACAGCCAAUUGUACUGUACUAUACUGUAUCAAAUCAAACUUUAUAUAGCACAUUUCAUACAAGAGAUGCAACUCAAAAUGCCCCACUGCAACCUACUGUACCAUAAUGUAGCCUAAAAUACUGUACUGUAAUCUACUGUACUGUAGUGCACUGUACAAUACUACAAUAUAGUGCAGCACUGUGCUGUAUUGUACUGUACUAAAGCAUACUGUGCGUGCGCCCUGUGUCAUGUAAAAAUCUUUCCAGCGUCAAAUAGUUCCCAAUCGUUGUGAUUGUGACGUCAUGUUGGAAAAAAUGUCACAGUGUGAAAAUGUUCCCAGCCAAUAAUUGCAUUCGCGUCUGUGUGGAUGGCUAAACUCGUGCAAAUGUUUCUCUCACACACCCUUGCCCUCGAUUUAGCUAGUUAACUAGCAUAAUUUGCUGUAAACUGGUCGAGAUGGCUUGUUCUCAAGAGGUGUGCCGUUUGAACUUGUUUGUUUAGCUACCUAACUAACUAGCUAACAAACAAAUAUAUGCACUGUCAAUCGACAACGUAGCGCCCAAGGUUUUGCAAUCGCAAAAAAUCUCUCCUCACAUCAACCCUCAGCACUUUGACGCGAGAGUCCGGGAAUUUCUAUGCUGACCUCACGCCUCAACAAGCUUCUGAUUGGUCAGAGUCAAUACUCCUGGCCACCAUUGAUUGGCAAAUGUGUGAAGCAAAUGCGCGUGCCCACAACCGUUUUUCGAGGUCAAGGGAGUGUGUGAGAGAAACAUCCGCACGAGCUCAGCCAUCCACAUAAAGAGAUGCGCGUGCAAUUAUUGAACUGGGAAUAUUUUCAUGCUGGGAUAGAUUUUUACAUGACACCCUGCCUCAAAUAGUGGUGGCAAACUUCUUCAGCCAAUCACAAAUAAGAGAAAUGACUCCUCUUGGAGUAAUUAUUGGAUUUGUUUAAAGCUGAGAACCAAUGACCAAUAUUGUGGUUUAACUUUGCCACACCUGAUCCCCCCCACCUCUUCAUAAAACCCAGAGAGAUACACACAGACAGACAUAAACCAGCCUAGGCCUGAUCAGAUGAAUAACCUUACCUUCAAACUUUGAGAUGAGUGACUCAAAAUUCCAAUCAGACAGUUUUUCUUUGACCAAAUUGUCCAUGGAAUCUCUAAGAGAAAAUACUAUUUUAAAACUGGCCAAGAAUCUUUCUCUCUCUCUCUCUCUCUCUCUCUCUCUCUCACACACACACACACACCCUGGCCCUAACAGCGUAGCUAACUUCACCCUUUCAGCAGUGAAAACGGCUAGUAUUAUUAGCUAACGUUAGCGUUAACAUAAAUGUUUUACAUCCUUGUUAUUACUCACGUGAGACUAGCUACAGUACUACGGAAACGUAGCUGGCUACCGGUAACGUUAGCUAAGUUAGCUAGCUAACCAGCUAAAUUAUCAAGCUAGCGGUACCAAGUUGAACCUGUAGCUACAACGUUCACUUAGCUAACGUUAUAACUAGCUAAUGUUAGCUAAGAUAGUGUUACCAGUUAGUUAGGCUAGCAAACGUUAAGCCAGAGGUCUAGAAAAUAAUAUAUUGCUGCAAAAUAAAAACUUACCACGUAGAGAUUUUAGUAAGAUAGUGAGGCUAACGUUAAGCUACGAAAGUUAUUAGCUAACGUUAGCUAGCUAGAUAACGUGAGGUAAAUAGACAUAGCUAUGUAGCUAGCUAGCUAACGUUACCGCACCACAUCACAGGAAAAUAGCUGUUUCGUUCCAGUUCUUUGCUAAAAGUUGUAAAUGUAUUGUAUAAAACGUUGCCUAUAACCUGAAUGAAAAUAUGUAUAAUUUGUAAAUUAACGUUAGCUAGUAACGUUAGUUAUUUACGGGUUUCAGUCAGCAACGAUGCCUUGUCCCUCUGUCUGUUGAAAAAGCUGACCAAUGGUCUGAACACUAUCGCUGCAUUCGCUCCCACGCGGUGUGGUGUAUGGCGGGAUUAUUGACCCAAUGCUGGGUUGUCAGAAUUCACCACACUGGCUGGGUAUAUCUCAAUAACCCAACAUUUGGUCAAUUAUCCUGCCACAACCAAAAAUGACCAAAAAAACCUGCAACCCAGCAAUGGUGUCAUAAAAACAACCCAGCAUUUUUUUGUGUAUCAUCAUCUAACCCAGUGGUCACCAACCUUUUCUGAGUCACAAUCACUUUCUCAGUCAAAAAGCAAGCUGAGACCUACCACUCAGAUUAUUAUUUUUUAAACAUGAUUUAAUAAAUGUUCUGUAGGAUUGAGGUUUGUGCAGUAAGUCUAAUACAUUAUCACAGUAUAUUGGCUAUAUGCUUGGCUGGCCAAUAUUGUUAUUCUCAGACCAUAUAGGCUAUUUCAAAACUCGAGCUUUGAUUAAAAAAAUAUAUAGGUCAUUUGGUGUAGCACUUGCUGAGCAUCAAUUUAAAUAAUUAGCAAAAUGGCGCAGCAGUCUAAGACACUACAUCGCAGUGUUGAGGCAUCACUACUGCCUGGGAUUCGGCAGUGUCACAGCUGGCCGUAACCAGGCCCAUAGGGCGGCGCACAAUUGGCCCAGCAUCGUCCGGGUUAGGGGAGGGUUUGGCCGGGGGGCUUUCCUUGGCUCAUCGCGUGCUUACAACUCCAUGUGGCAGGCAGGGCGCCUGCAAGCUGACCUCGGUAGUCAGUUGAGCGGUGUUUCCUCCGACACAUUGGUGCGGCUGGUGUUAAGCGAGCAGGUGUUAAGAAGCAGCGCGGCUUGGUGGGUCAUGUUUCGGAGGACGCAUGACUCGACCUUCGCCUCUCCUGAGCCCGUUGGGGAGUUGCAGCGAUGAGACAAGAUCGUAACUACCAAUUGGAUAUCACGGAAAUUGGGUAGAAAAAGGGGUAGAAUUACAACCCCAAAUAAUAAACAUAAUAAUUUGCUUUUUCAUUUUACUGGACUGAGAGUAGCCUACCUGCAUCUGAUGGAUGGAUGGUCAUGGUGCUUACAAGACAACUGGUAACUCAGGGGAAAAAACAAGGUCAACUCAUGUCCGUGAUCUUCAGGUCGGAGCUCUAAAGAUCCCUGAGUUUCCGACUUGGAAUUAUGAGUUGGAUGACCGUUCAAAACAAUUUUUCCCAGUCUGAGCUCUUUUUUUCCUCAAGUUCCCAGUUGUCUGAACGCACUGAAGUCGGAGAUUUCCGAGUUCCCAGUUGUUUUGAACACCGCAUUAGUCUGAGCGGAGGGAGGGAGAGAGCAGCAGAGGGUCCGCCUCUCACUGUCCCUGCUCUCCCCUUUUACAUUUCUCUGGUGAGACUGACCAGAGAGAGGGGACACCUUAUUCCACCUGAUGGCGAAACUUGAGUGGCACAGCAUCCGCAUCUGCCUCAUGCACAAAUUCAUGUUGUUCCUAUGACCAGAGUAAGUUAAAUAUUAUUCAAUAUUAAAAUAGACACGAUGAGCUGCUAAUAAUAAAAACGCAGGCUUAUCAAUACACUUGGCUACUCAUUCAUUUCAGCUGCGGCGCAAGUGGAAGUAGGGAGAAGUGCGUUUUAUGGUUUGUAAAACGGGUGAAUAAAAACAGUGUUGACCUAAGCCACCCGAGCCACGGCCUGUUCACCCCGCUAUCAUCCAGAAGGCGAAGUCAGUACAGGUGCAUCAAAGCUGGGACCGAGAGACUGAAAAACAGCUUCUAUCUCAAGGCCAUCAGACUGUUAAAUAGCCAUCACUAGCCGGCCUCCACCCAGUACCCUGCCCUGAACUUAGUCACUGUCACUAGCCGCGGCUACCACCCGGUUACUCAAACCUGCACCUUAGAGGCUUCAGCCCUAUGUAUAUAGACAUCGAACACUGAUCACUUUAAUAAUGGUUAAAUACUGCUUUACCCAUUUCAUAUGUAUAUAUUGUAUUCUAGUCAAGGCCAGAACAUUAUUUGGAACAUUUUAGAUUAUACUCAAUAACCUACACACAAUCUUUACAAGGAAUAGGCCUGCUCUCAAAAAAACGUGGUGAGGUGCUAAGCAGUAGGCCUAGUCAUUUAGCCUAUUGAAAACCAAUGCAAAUUCGAAAAUAAUGCAAUUUCACUCAUUUUCUCGCAGUGCACAUGCGGAGCAUAUCUAAACCAAUUCUAUUUGUAUUUAUGAUAGGCUACCUGUUUAUUCAGAAAAAGCAGAAGAUAGUAAACAUCAUUAAUCACAAUGGUUAACCUAUGCAAAUUAAUAGGAAAACAUUCAGACCAUAUUCAUAGGACUACAUUUAGCCCAAUUGGAAACACAUAUGGCGCAGGGAGAAGUCAAAUGAUCUUUGCCAGGCUGUUGUUUGUCAAAUCCAGAUUAAAUAUAGGCCUUCGUGUGCAUCAAAUCUGUAGGCGAUAGUGGGCUAAAUACAUUUUCAUCUUUGUCAUGAUCUGUGAUCAAAAUAGGUUGGGGAGUUUUCGGUUCCGUUUAGGCUAUAGGUUAUACAUAAGAAGGCAACUGCACUGAAAUGAAUAGCCUGAUUUCAAUGCGAUUCUACUGAAAAUAAAAUAUUUGUUUACCUGUUAAACUGUUUGGUCUAUGGAUAGACCAAUACCGCUUCUAAAUGUUUUGUAUUUUGCUAUAGGCAUAUCCUAGCCAUACCACUAAUAUUCUACAUUCUGGAGCAUUUAAAUCAACAAUAUUUUCCGUGAGAUAAUGAAACUUGUUUUACAUUUAAAAGUCAAUGUUUUGAUAGGCCUACCAUGAACCCAUGUUGAGGCUGAGCAACACCUUCGAUAGGCUAGUCGACUAUGCAGAAAGCAUUAUGGAGUUAGGCCUAAUUAUUGUUAUAGCCUAGAUCGCUUUAUAGGCCUAUACCCUAAUCUGGACCGUUGUUUUUUUAACCAUAAAACAUCAUGCACGCCACAGAAAUUGAUAGCAUAGCCUAAGGAGUGCAUGGCGACAGUGAAUGCCUCUGUUUAAACAGGUAAACGUGUGGUAUCCUAAACUGGGAACUCGGAGAAAAAAAACUAGGUUAAUUCAUGACAGUGAUUUCAGGUCGGAAUUGGAUGACAGUUCAAACCUAUUUUUCUCCUUCAGAGCUCGUUUUUUCCGAGGUCCGUUGUCUUGAAUGCACUGAAGUCAGAAGUCAGAGUUUCCGAGUUCCCAGUUGUUUUGAAUGCGGCACUAGAGACCUAGGCUACCUAAUUUCUAAAUAGGACUCCGACAAAGCCCUCAUAUCCAUAUUGAUUUGAGAGAUAGGCAUACAGUGCAUUCGAUAAGUAUUCAGACCCCUUGACUUUUUCCACAUUUUGUUACAUUUCAGCCUUAUUCUAAAAUUAAUAGUCUCCCCCCUCAUCAAUCUACACACAAUACCCCAUUAUGACAAACCUAAAACAGGUUUUUAUAAAUGUUAGCAAAUGUAUAGAUAUCUUUUUUAAAUCACAUUUACAUAAGUAUUCAGACCCUUUACUCAGUACUUUGUUGAAGCACCAUUGGCAGCGAUUAAAGCCUCUAAUCUUCUUGGGUAUGACCCUACAAGCUUGGCACACCUGUAUUUUGGGAGUUUCUCCCAUUCUUCUCUGCAGAUCCUCUCAAGCGCUGUAAGGUUGGAUGGGGAGCGUCUACACAGCUAUUUUCAGGUCUCUCUAGAGAUGUUUGAUCGGGUUCAAAUCCGGGCUCUGGCUGGGCCACUCAAGGACAUUCAGAGACUUGUCCCGAAGUCACUGCGUUGUCUUGGCUGUGUGCUUAGGGUCGUUGUCCUACUGGAAGGUUCUCCCAUCUCCACAGAGGAACUCUGGAGCUCUGCCAGAGUGACCAUCGUGUUCUUGGUCACCUUCCUGAGUGGUGAGAGUAGUAGAGGGAUACGAUUGGAUUUUUAGCAUAUAUAGCAAUGGUUAUUAAUUGUACUGAAGGGAUGGAAUGUAAGUCAAAGAAAAUUGAGGUUGUGGUGGCAGCUGCAGAGAGGUAUUUGGGUGUGCGAGACUUGACAUCAGAAGAGUUACAGGGUGUGUUAAGUGGUGAUGUCCCAUCCUUUCAGGUUGAGGGCAUGAGGUAGGAAUAAAUAGAUUUAAAUAGUGGAGUAGGGUGGUGUUAAUUUUAUUUUAUUAUACUUUUUUGAGUUUGUGUGUAGUGUUAGAUGGUAGGGUAUUUCUUUAUUUUAUUUUUAUUUUAUUUUUCAGGCAAGUAUGAAAAAUGUAUGCACUCACUAACUGUAAGUCUCUCUGAAUAAGAGCGUCUGCUAAAUGACUAAAAUGUUAAAUGUAAAAUAUAAGGGAGUUGUACUCCAGUCUAGUAGGUGGCGGUAAUGCAACAUAUUGGAUGCCAACCGCCGUUAAACCUCAUCGAAGAAGAAGAAAGAACGCGCACGCAUAUACCACUUACGUUGUUGUCAUUUAUCAAUAUCUACGGAUUUAUUAGUGUGCAUUCGCUUGGAAAUUGUAGACUUUACUUCACACAGAGAAUACAAAUCUGUAAUUUGGGCUGUACAAGAUGGCCAGCUGCAAUUUUCAGGCGCAGAUGGUAUCCAUUAUGGAGGUAUUAGCUAAAGCAGCUUUAGCAGAAAUUAAUAAACGUGUUGAUGAUAGCUGUGCAGUUAUACGUUUGGAAAUGACCCAAAGCCAGCGAGAUAUUGAUGUACUGAAAAGGAAGUGUCAAAUGAUGGAGAGCGAGCUGAAGAAGACACGAGGACAAGUCAGGAAAAAAGGUAGUAGCUGUGUUAUUCAUGAUACAUUUAUGCUUCAGUUCGGCUGGCGUCUAGCCGAACCGAACGAGUGUGCUCGCAUACUCCCUUAAAAGACCUUCGCUUGAAAAACGAGGAAGUGGCAAUAGUACUGUUUGUCCAUUUUGAGACGCCGUAGCCAGUAUACACUUCCUCAAAAUAGUCAAUUAAUCUAAAAUAACUCAACAAAUCUGUCAUUAAUAUUGACGUUUUUGCCGAAGAUAUCUCAGUCGCGCAAUUUUACAUCUAGCAAAGAUUAAAAACAGCAGAAUUUGUGAAAUUGUUUAUGUCAUGUUGGGGUUGCGUGAGGCUUGGUGCUCACGGAAUCAGUAGGCUAUUAAACGCACUCAACACAAGCAGGAUCUGUCUUAUUUCUGUAGAUAUACAGUACCAGUCAAAAGUUGUGUUGGGUCUCUGGGUCUUCCUUUCCUGUGGCGGUCCUCAUGAGAGCCAGUUUCAUCAUAGCGCUUGAGGGUUUUUGCGACUGCACUUGAAUAAACUUUAAAAGUUCUUGACAUUUUCCGGCUUGACUGACCUUCAUGUCUUAAAGUAAUGAUGGACUGUCAUUUCUCUUUGCUUGUUUGAGCUGUUCUUGCCAUAAUAUGGACUUGGUCUUUUACCAAAUAGGGCUAUCUUCUGUAUACCAAUCCUACCUUUUCACAACACAACUGAUUGGCUCAAAUGCAUUAAGUAGGAAAGAAAUUCCACAAAUUAACUUUUAAGAAGGCACACCUGUUAAUUGAAAUGCAUUCUAGGUGACUACCUCAUGAAGCUGGUUGAGAGAAUGCCAAGAGUGUGCAAAGCUGUCAAAGGCAAAGGAUGGCUACUUUGAAGAAUCUCAAAUAUAAAAUCUAUAUUUUGAUUUGUAUAACACUUUUAUUUUGGUUACUAGAUGAUGCCAUAUGUGUUAUUUCAUAGUUUUGAUGUCUUCACUAUUAUUCUACAAUGUAGAAAAUAGUACAAAUAAAGCAAAACGCUGGAAUGAGUAGGUGUGUCCAAACCUUUGACUGGUACUAUACAUUUGCAUGUUUUUUUGUGGAACAGUAUCUUCUAAAUCAAAGAGGAAUACGCAAAGCAAGAAUAUGUUAGCUACAUGAAGUAGCUAAGAGAAAACAUUCAAUGUAGCCAAAGAUUAUAGGGUCCCAUAGGAAACACUUUUCAGCACUUCGGUUCCUACCCUGUCACAAUAACUCCUCCCUGGCAUUUUCAUUCGUUGUCAAACACUGUAUUCAAAGUGUCCAUUAUGAUAUUCUAACUAUAGAAUUUGAAUAAUCAUUCUAUUUCCAUGAUUCCAACAGUUCACGCAAGUGUUUUGCUCUAAAUCACAAGUCAAAUUGCAAUUGCAACAUUUGGUUAAAAAUAAGGCCUAGAUUGUUUGCCCAUAUCAUGCAGCCCUAUGUGGCAGUGUGGAAAUGAUCUCAAAUGAGUGCAGGAAAUUCAGAAAUAUAUGAACAUUAAUAACAUUAUUUUUGGUUGAAGCUGAAUUGAACAGUAUAAAACAACCCAUUGAAAUCUCUUAGAAUGUAUGUGUUGCCACCCUAGGAUCGGUCACACGCUACUUAUGAAGCAAAUUUUAACAGCGCACUGAUGAUUCAGAACCGCGGACAGUGACCUCUAUCCAACAUGGGAGAAAGCGCAUUUGUUAUAAAAUUAUAUUAUUUUGAUUAGUGUUGCACCAUUGUUCUUAUUUAAUAUAACCAUAUGCAAUUUCAGUAGCACGCCUUAGGGUGAUGGACUGUGCCAUCCCCACGGUCUCCACAAUGGAUUAGUCCACUCAGACAGGCACAAAUCAGACCGGUGUCUUGCAGAGCAUAUGAGCGGAGUGGAGCGGGAGCGAGCGUGGAGCGUGAGCGGACGGAUUUUGACAGAGCGCAGAGCGGCAUUUUUAAAAGGACGGAGCGUCGCCCUAUGUCCCGCUCCAAUUUCGCUCGCUCACACCACGAGUCUGAAGCAUGCUCAAGCCUGACCCAGAAUCCAUCUGUUUAAUUUAAUUUGUGUCGUCCAUGAAUUUGUAUUUUAUAGAGCGAGAGGAGCAGCAGCAGCAACAAGAGAAAAGGGUUGAGGAAUUCAAAACUUUAUUCACUGCACGUAAAGGCCCAACCAUAACAAGGGAGAGAAAAAGAGAGCUGGAUGUAGCAUUUUUAAAAAUGAUUUUCAUGGACUAUGAACCGCUGAGUAAAGGAGAACGCGAAGGGAUGCAACACUUCGCCAGCGUAGCUCAACCGGGCUACACCCCCCCAAGAAACUAUGAUAAAUUAGUACUUUACUUUGUCAAAUUUACAUCUGAGAUGCCCCAUUCACAUGCUUCAGCUGGCGAUCAAAAACGCUGUUAACAAGCACGACAACAUUAAUAGGCUGUUAGUGAAAGUCGGGCACCUGGUGAAAAGUGUACGCAAGAGCACAGAGGAAACCGACCAAUUAGGUGUCCGCCCCACAAAUGCCUGCGCCAUUCGAUGGAGCAGCCAGCUGCGGAUGAUUCAGUCGUUCAUCCGGUUGUUCCAAAAAGACCCGUUAUGGUAAAACAAACUCAAGUCUAAUGUUGCUAACAUCACCCUGAAUCAAGUACGGCAGCUGACGCACCUUGUCAUUGUGCUGACACCACUAGCAGACCUCACAGACAAAAUGCAGAAGGAGCUGGGGAACCUGGGGAUGAUCCUGCCUGCUGUCACAGAAAUCAAAUCCCUGCUCACCGAUUACACUCACGCUGCACUUCCAAUGGGCAUCGCUGCUUUUGCAGAAACAUUGGCAAACAACGUGUCAAUUCGCUAUGGAAUAUACUAUACUGAUUAACAUCUCAUUUUAGCGUCAGUGUUAGAUCCCCGUUUCAAGACAGAAUGGAUAAUCCGAGAUGAGUCUGUAUGCAACAAAUUCGGGGAGAUAAAGUAAGGCUGUGGAUUAAGCUAAAAGUGAAAUACAUGCAGAUUUUGUUCCUUUUUUGGAGUGAGCGGGGGGCGAUUUGAGUGGAGCGCGAUGCAAACUGCGUUGAGCGCUGAGCGAUAAUGAGCGGACUGGCCUGAUGUGGCUUUGAGCGGGGGGAGCGGAGGGGUGAACAGCUCCGUGAGCGAGGAGCUGAGAUUCUCACCGCUCCACUCCGCUCAUAUGCUCUGGUGUCAUGUAAACCAUGUUCUUUUUUGUUGCUACUGCUCGACUAAAGAAGUCUCGGUCGAACAACAGCCUAUCGACCAAACGAUCGACCAGUUGAAUAAAUGGGGUCAGCCCUAAACCAGACUUACCUGGUUAAAUAAAGGUUAAAUAAAAAUAAAUAAAUAAAACAUUCUCAUUCCUGGAUUGAGGUACGUUUUCCGAGCCAUAUCUCGUACAGGCACCGCAGUGUCUUGAUCUACACAGUCAUGCUGUCCGACCCCAGUGCAGCUCGGUGUAAACAAGCGUAACGGUAGGGUCGGAAUCUUCUGGCAAUUAUUAAUAAUAAAUUGAUUGUAUAAGCAAAACCCAAAUGUGUGAAAACCCAUAAUAUUUGACUGAAUACAAUUAUUUUCCAGUUCUUUACCCCAUGGCAUCAGAGAGAUCUUCAUAUCCAGUCAAGAUUGUUUUGAACAAGCAGAGGAGUAGCUCACAGUUGAGAAACAGAGAUAUGGCUGUUGAAGAGGACUCUCAACCCCAGGUGUGAUACAUCACCUUUUACAAUUACAGAGACCUGACCUCUUGGAUCAAUUCUGUUAUUGGAAUAUCAGGAGAAUUUACCGCUUUUGUGUGAUUCAUGAGUAUGAAAAGGGUUAGAUAUGGUGUGUGUCCAGAGUAAUAAUAACCUCAGUCCCCUGUUACAGCCUACAGAUGUGGAGCAGAGAACGGAGACUGAACCCAUACUGAUCAAAGAUGAGGAGACAUCAGAGGACGUGUGGAAAACGGACCCUCAGGAAGAGCUCAGGAUCACUGGAGAGGGUGAGUGCGAUCAUAAGGGAUACUGCUCUGUCUGUGAAAGACUGUGGGUGUGGUGGUAUGCACGUUCCAAGUUGCUACAUUGGUGUUGGGUGUUUUAUGUUCUGGGCUGGCAUAUGGAGCGCAUGUACACACGCAGUCAAUUCUAAAGCACACAUGUUUUGCAACUGUUAAGGUUCUUUUGUAAUGUUUAUCCUCAGAGUCUGGUUCCAAGCCUGGGCAACCACCAUCCUUUGAGCAACGGCACUGUGAUGAGGACUUCAUCACACAACCCAACAUAUCUCCUGAAGACUCAGUGGAACAUUGCCCCAAUUCUGAUGGUCCAGAGGAACCAGGCACACCCCGGCUCACGUCUACAGAGGUGUUCAGCACAGAGCAGCACCGGCCAGCCGAGGACGAGGACUCACUAGAGCUUGUGAUGGUGAAGGAUGAGAAAAAGGAGGAGCUGGAUCAGACCACAGCCCUGGCAGGACCUGACCAGUUUGUCAUGGAUGAAACUGAUGGGCAGCUGUGGACCUCUGUGGAUCCAGGCAGAGACACUGACCCUGAUGGACACCCAGAUUUCUCCUUUCAUGCCAUAGAGGAGUACUCUCAGAAUAUCUCAAUUUUCCCAUCUCAUAGUGAGCUGCCAUCCGUUCCUACUAUGACAGAUGAUGUAGGGCCAUCGCUUGACUCUUCUAUAGGGAAACCACAUGCUAACAUGUUCAAUGCAGCAGCACACAUGAAAAGACAUGUCAGGACAUUGGCUGAUGAAACUAGACAACAGAUGCCAGAGGGACAGAGCAGCGAGAGACUGAACUCAAAUAAUGAGGGAAAUAAUUUAUCUCUACAGUCAAGGCAGCAUCAGCACAGGCCUUCAGAAGCAACAGUGAGAUUGAGUGAGUGCAUGACAGGGUCAAACAUGGCCACCACCUCCACCUUCUCUGGAUACAGCCUGAGUCGCAGUAGUUUUAACAUGGUGAAGAGAAUGAGGACUCAGUGGAGGUCGGGCGGCACCACCGGAGAAAAACCAUACACCUGCGAACAGUGUGGCAGGAGUUUCCCCAAGCAGUACAACCUGAUCAGACAUGCUGUGGUCCACAGCGGGGAGAAGCCCUACAAGUGCACACAAUGUGGGAAAUGCUUCACCCAGCGCUCCAGUAUGAAGUCACAUCAGCGAACUCACAUAGGAGAGAGUCCGGUGUCUCAAUAUGUGGUACCCACAUACCCUGGGGAUCCA